UUUAAUUUUUUAUUCCUUUCACUUUUGAGGUCGUUAGCUAAUCCUGAGCUUUUAAUACAGGCGCUCGUCUGCUCGCUAACAUUUUAUUAAGAAUCUCAGUAAUCAACCACUUAGGGUCCUUGACAUAAAUGUCUCUGGGAUGGGCAUUUGUCAGCACAUGUAGUCUGUCGGCUUGACGAUCAGAGGUGUUUUUCCCACGUUAGUCCUAACGUGCAAGCGACAAUACAGCUGACCGAGAUUUCGGUCCUCCGUGCUCUGUUUAGUUCGCCAUCCCCUUGCCAUGCAGUUUUGGGCAUGGAAUCGCCCUCACAGGGCGUGUUGUAGGUAGCAGUGCCGGUGAUCUCCUUGCAGUGAUGAUUCUGCCAAAGCAGCAACGUUUCAGGCUGAGCACAGUUGCAAGCUGAAAGACAUAUUCAGUCCAAGAGCAGAGGAUGAAGGAAGUCUCAAGGCACAGUGAUGGAACUGUACCAGGGUUCCGAAUGGUUCAUUUUGAGUCUCCACCACAUGCCAAUGCACUUCUUAAUGGCCUCAACCUCUUGCGAGCCCGCGGACAGCUUCUUGAUGUGACUCUAAUCGCUGGUGGACGAGAGUUUAAGGCACACCGUGCUGUACUUGCUGCCUGCAGUGACUAUUUUCGUGCUAUGUUCACAGAUGCUAUGCUUGAAAGCCGUCAGCCUGAGAUCUGUCUUAAUGGAGUCAGUGCCCAGGGUCUGCGAUGCCUACUGGAGUAUGCAUAUACAUCAAGGCUGGUGCUAAGCUUAGCUAACAUUCAAGAUGUGUUGGCUACAGCAAAUCAUAUUGGAUUGACCCCUGUCGUUGAAGCCUGCUCUUCAUAUCUGCAAGAUCAGCUUGACCUUGAAAACUGCAUUGAUGUUGCUACACUUGCAGAAACAUACUCAUUACGAAGACUUCGGAAGCGAGUGUAUCGUUUUAUUUGUGCAAACUUGCACCAAUUUGCAAAAACACCAGAAUUUCAGCGGCUCUCAACAACACAAAUGGAGCAUCUGCUUGCCUGCGAUUUCCCUGUGAAUUGUCCGGAAGGCGAUGUACUUUCAUUUGUCCUCAACUGGGUUGCCUGUGACGUAGGGGAUCGGCUCUCACAGGCACGCAAGUUGGUCUCUUAUGUUUGCUUUUCGGAAAUUCCGGCAUCCAGACUUGCUGAGUUAUGGGACUCUCCAGUCCUGCAGUGCCUUUUUUCGCGAAGAAUUCCUCCCCACCUGUCUGGCAUUGGCGGCCAACCACCCCCUAGCCUCGUGAAUACUCGAGGCAUGGAGCUUGUAUUGCUCAAGGUAGGAGGAUUUGGUUUGUCAGGAGUGACUAACGAAAUCACGUACUACUUGCCUAGUGCAGGCCGUUGGAAAUAUCUCACCUCUAUUCCUCAUGUAGAGCAGUGCAAUUUUGGCACAGCUGUUCUUGGGAACGAGCUUUAUGUGGUAGGUGGCUGCUUCAACCAGAGUCUGCACCAGGAAAAUGUGCACCCGUUUGGUUUCCGUUACAAUGCACUUACCGGGGAGUGGUCGACCAUGGCACCCAUGCGCUGGGAGCGUUGCCGAUUUGCACUUUGCGUGGCACGAGACGAUCUCUAUGCGGUUGGGGGUGCUGGUGAGGUGCUUGGCGAUGUCGACACUGCUGAGGAUGGAGAGGCUCAUUGUGAGCGUUACGACCCGCACACUGAUGUGUGGAUGCCUGUGGCCCCACUUCCAGGUGCCCGAACUCAGCAUGCUGGAGCAGCCUGGGGCCCAUACUUGUUCGUUUCUGGUGGCCUCAAUGCAGAUUCAGUGCUCAGCUCCCUUCUUCGCUAUGAUACACGCACCGAUAGCUGGGAGACAAUGGUGCCUAUGUCUAUACCCCGAGCUGACCACUCCAUGGUGGUCUACGGGGACCGCCUUGUGGUCUGUGGUGGAUGGUAUGAAGAUGCAACAGGCACGCGCGUCCUUGCCGAGUCAGUUGAAGCAUAUGACAUAGCUGCUAAUGCAUGGACUCCUGUGACAACAGUGCCAACCCCACGAUACCAUGCUGGUGUUGCAGUGCUUGGCUCAUGGCUCUACACAGUCGGCGGUUUCCACAGUGACACUACAUUUGACCGAGCAAGUGGAGUUGUUGAGAGGUUUGACUUGGAUGGCAGUCUUGGUUGGGAGGAAGCGCAACCUUACCCACAGGACAUAUGGGAGCAUGUGUGCUGCACCCUGUUUGUCCCCCGCUGUAGGGAUGACCUUGAUGUUAUCUCGGACAAGACCUUAAUGUGAGUUUUGGCAGUGCUGGGCGUAUUGGCCCAGUUUGUGCCACCGAGAAGAAAGCCAGUGUGUAAUGAUUACUGCCCAUAUUGUUUAAUUUUGCAUGCAUUUAGUUUUCUUUUUCUCCCCUGAAGUAGCAUGCUUAAUGUCGGCUUGCUACAGAUUUUUCAUGGACUUGCCAAAGACAGUUGCAAGAGAGAAGGUUGUAAUUUGAAGUGUAGCAGAUGCUCAUGCAUGUCAUGUAGCAAGUUUUCACACUUUUAUAUCGGUGAAAUGCUGCAUUUGCUUUUU